AUGAACAACGGCAGAGCCCGUGUUCCGAAGUGCGCUAGAUGUCGUAACCACGGUCUUAUAUCAAGUCUGAGAGGACACAAGAAGUCUUGUGCUUAUCGAGAUUGUCAGUGUCCGAAAUGUGGAUUGAUAAAGGAGCGGCAGAGAAUUAUGGCCGCACAGGUAGCCCUAAAAAGACAGCAAGCUGCGGAGGACAAGAUAGCCUUACAUCUGGCGUCUGUCGAGAGCGGCACAAAUCUGGCGUCGCUGCCUCCAGGUCGUAUUUACGGCAUGAGAGUUACAGGACCUUCACCAAGCUCAGGACCUGAGCCAGACUCCGUUGUUGAUGAUCACAGCCCCAUCCACAUUGACAGCGAAACGAGCGAUUCUUUACCUGAUUGUUGCACGGCCACUCAAGACAACGAUGGAAAUUCGAAUGCAAAUGCGCGAUCUUGCGCUAGUGAAAACGAAGAUAGUUUGAGCAACGUGAGUUCGGCUGGAUUGGAUAUGCUCAGGAAAUUAUUCCCAGGGAAGAAGAGAUCGGUUCUUGAAUUGGUGCUGCGAAGAUGCAACCAUGAUUUGCUACGUGCUGUGGAGCACUGCAAUGCUAUACACGCUCAACGUGACAAAUCAACAGCUAGCUCAAGCGGUGUUCGUUACGAAAACGUAUCGAGUUCUCAAGAAGUUGAAUCGAGAUGGUCGGCGUUUCGUCCAGUGGGGCCAAGACCAUUGCUGCCAACACUAGUGAUGGGUCGUGUGUGCGGGUCUGAAUGGCUUGUGCCUUUGCCUGCACUCCCAACUUUAUCCGGCCCGUUAUUAUUGCCACUGCAACACACUCCACCAACUUGCGCCCCAGAUUGUAGGCAGUGCAAUAGUCAUCAUUAG